UAUUCCGUCGGCCGGUGUCGUACAUUUUGCAGAAUCACCAUGGCGUUGAAAGAGACCGCGGGGCUGUACGAGACCCUCAAAACCGAGUGGAAUAAGAAGAACCCAAACCUCAGCAAAUGUGGAGAACUCCUCAGUAAACUCAAGAUUUCGUUACUGGAGCUGAACUUUUUACCAACCAGCGGGUCUGCAUUGACCAAGCAGCAGCUCAUCUUAGCUCGUGAUGUCCUUGAAAUCGGAGCUUUGUGGAGUAUCCUGAAGAAGGACAUCCCAUCCUUUGAGAGAUACAUGGCCCAGCUGAAAUGCUACUACUUUGAUUACAAGGAUGAGCUGCCUGAAGCCGCCUACAUGCACCAGCUACUGGGGCUGAACCUGCUUUUCCUGCUCUCACAGAACCGAGUGUCUGAGUUUCACACAGAGCUGGAGAGACUGAGUGCACGAGACAUUCAGAGCAACGUAUACAUCAAACACCCAGUGUCCUUAGAGCAGUACUUGAUGGAGGGAAGCUACAACAAGGUAUUUCUGGCCAAAGGCAACAUCCCAGCGGAGAGCUACACCUACUUUAUAGAUAUUCUGCUUGACACAAUUCGUGGUGAGAUCGCUGGCUGCAUAGAGAAAGCGUACGAGCAGAUCCAGUUCAGCGAAGCUACCCGGGUGCUUUUCUUCAGCACCCCCAAAAAGAUGACAGACUACGCCAAGAAGCGCGGGUGGAGUUUGAGCGCGGACGGCUACUACUCCUUCAGCAGCCAGCAGCAGCGGACAGAGGAGGUGAACAUCCCGUCCACGGAGCUGGCGCAGCAGGUCAUCGAAUACGCACGACAGCUGGAAAUGAUUGUGUAAUCCGCCCCCAGGAACACUCUCCAGCCCGUACAGAUGCACUCAGACAAACACGACUCCGGCCCAGCGUACAUCACACCACACACACACACACACACCACAGUGUUUCCUUUGUUCUCUCUUCUUCAGCCAUCACUCAUCUGACCUUCUGUCGUGUAGCUGCGGGUCUGACUGUCUGAUCAGUACAAACGUGGAGAACCAAACUCAAAGUGUCACAAUGUUAGAUCCUUUCAGCUGUUGGAACCUUUUUUUUUUCAUUUUAAUUGAAGACAUGUAACUAUUUUUCCUGAGUAGAAAACGGAUAUGAAACAUUAAAAUUGAUCUGUUAUUCAGCCAUUCCCCCGAAGGUGUCUGGAAAACAAAAACUCUGAGCUACUGUGGUUCUUUUACAACCACAGUAAAAAAAAAAAAAAAAAAUCUUCAUAAUCACCACUCUGGGUUUUUUGCUUUCAGUGCCACACUCUUUUUGUUUCUGUUGGUGAAACGAGAUGUUUUUACAUCCAGGCUCUUCUCCUCAGUAGCACCCAGGGAGGAUCAGUCCACCGCUAAGGGAAUUGCCAUAAGUUGUUUUCUAUACAGUGUUGCCUCUUCCUCUUCUAGAUUAGGUUUGUAAUCCAGGUGAUCUUACAAAACAAAUUCUUGUCUGCAAUAAAUUCAAAAAAUAAACUUUAUCAUUAC